AUGUCGAAGAUUGCUGGGGCCACUGCACGUGUUGUCAAGGGAAUCGCUAGGGUAAAACCGACUCGAGCUGCUCUCACUCUAACACCCGAAGCAGUGCAACGAGUACGGUAUCUUCUCGACUUAGAAAAGGAAGCAAAAGCCUUGAAGAUCGGCGUUCGGCACAGAGGUUGUAACGGACUUUCCUAUACGCUGGACUACGCAAAGGAAAAGGCCAAAUUCGACGAAGAAGUUGAGCAGGAUGGUGUUCGAAUAUGGAUUGAACCGAAAGCUCAACUUGGACUGUUAGGAACGGAAAUGGACUACGUGACUGAUAGGAUAAGCUCAGAAUUUGUAUUCAGAAAUCCAAAUAUUAAAGGCACCUGUGGAUGUGGAGAGUCGUUCAGUCUGUGA